UUAUAUAUUUCGCCGCGACUGAUUUGGCACGAUGUGAACAGUCUAGAAGUAGCGUAGCGGUUUGGCAGAUCGGCGAGACAAACCGGGAAAGUCCGCGUACCUGUUGAUUGGUCAAAUUUUUGAAUUUCCCGCUUCCGUCGGUAAAGCUAGGUUCUAACGUGUCGGCCUCGACAAUCUAUAUAGAGGUUAGAUUACGCUCUAAAUUCACACUGCACAUCUCGCGCCUUUUCCGCCGCUGCACUUGAUCCGGCAAAUAAAAUGUAAACUUGUUUUUUCUUGUCGUAAGUGUUUUUUUGUGUUGUUUGUGUAUAAUCUCUGUUUUGUUGUUCGGAAAGUUUACGUGUGUAAAUAGUAUUAUUGACAGUUACAUGAGGUGUGUAUUAUGUCAUUGCGAAAACCUUAACGUGUAAAUUCGGAAAAAGUUGAAAAAAACACAACGAUACGAUUAGUGCUGAGAAAUGAACGCAACAUGAAAUCUAAUCAACGGAAUCGAGUAAUGAAGAGAAGCAAGUUUCCAGACUUCAGCUUGAGUUUGCCCUGUACUCGAUUGUAAGAUGUCUAAAAGAAACUUGAAAGAUAACAAUGUUUCUUCGCCAGCCAAAAGACAAAGAGUCGAUGGUAGGAAUGAAGCUCGUGCAGCAAGAGAACAAAAUCCAAUUCAGAAUGUCCCUCAAAGCGAUCUCUUUCAAAAUGAUGAUAUUUGGGGUGAUGACUUUGGAGAGGCAGAGAUUGAAAAAAUGGACAUUGUCGCAUCGCAAGCAACAGAAGAGGAAGCUGUUUUUAAAACCCCUAUGGUAAGAUCAGACUCUACCAAAUCUACCGUAAGUACGUCCUCUGAUCCAAAACCCUCUACUAGCUCUGGAGUGAGAGGAGGAGGGUUCUUUAUCACAAGUUCUCAAAGUCGCAGUGGAUUCAAUUCUGUGGCGCAAUCACAGAUGUUGGCUUCUUCCGAUAUAGACAGAGAGAUUAUAGAAAGUACUCAAGCUAUAAUGUUUGAUGACUUUGAAAAUGAUAUUAAAGGAAAUUCUCAUAAUUCAACAUUUCGCAGUAGACAAGAAACGUCACAAAAUAGUGUUGUUUUGGUCACAGAUGACGAACAAGUGGAAAGGUGGAAAGAAGAAAAGAAAAAGUUGCUUGAAGACUUUAUGACAAAGGAGGGUGAAACGGAAUUUCUGCGCCAGCAAUUAAAUCAAAUUCAGACUCGUGCUGAAAAUGAGAAAAAAGAGAAGGCUAUCUUAAUACAAGAGCUGGAGAAAAAGUAUAAGGCAGAAAUAGAUCGAUUGCUUAAGGAAAAAUCGUCACUUGAAUCUCAAAUGCAGUACCAGACUUUGCAGUUCAAUGAUGCCUCUGCAAAAUCUAGGCUCAGAGAGUCUGGUUCUGUUAAAUUUGCUCAGCCACAAGCAAAUGUACUGAAGACAAACAAAGAUAGAAGUAUUAAUGCUUCAAUGAGUUGGACAACUCCAAAGAGGGUUAAAACGAAAGAGAGUGGUACACAAAUUGAAAAGACUCAUACAUCUGAAAUUUUAAAGACCAAUAUUGUCCAAUAUCCCUUAAAAAUAAUACCCCAGUGUAUAUUUGAGCCACCAGAACCUGAAAAAUCAGUAGUUGAAAUCAAAAUUGAGGAAAAAAUUGGCAAGAGAAAUUUAGCUAUCAUACAAGAAGAGGAAACUUUUCGUAUAUUCGAGAAUCCUGAAUUGUCAAAACCGAAGACAACAACGAUUGACGGAAAGAUCCUGAGUACGGAAUUUUUUCUACCAGACCUCGGCAGCCUCAUGAACAAAACAAGCGACGAGCUCAACUCUUCCAGUGUCAUCCCAAUUAUAAACAAACUGGUGGCAACAUCACGCGAGCUUCUGCUAAAUUCCACUAUCGUCCUGCAGAACAUCGCGCAAGCUUUGCAGAAUGAUGAUAUCCGCGACAUGAACGAGAUCUACCUGUCUGAAUUUUACGAAAUGCCGGUGCCGCACACGAGGUCCAUUUGCGAAGCUCGUCCCUGGUACGAGCUUGAGCGAGGUAUCGAAACUCGUCGCGCUCUAGGCAUACUCAGCUACGUGGCUUCUAUUUCAAGGUACUUGGCUGACUACGUCGCUGGAAACCAUAAGCUGAAACUAGACAGGGAUCACAGCUAUGCGGUUUACGCAAAUCAGCUGAACAGUUAUAAUUCGUGGCAUAAAAAGGGUUUCGACUUUGAAUUCCUGGAUAUGGCCACCGAGUUCGUUGCUGUCGUUGGCACGAUUCGGAGAUCUCAUCAGUUUUCUGGAUUGAUAAACGCUAUCAUGAUUUUGAUUGCUAAUGUACAGGAUAAUGUUGGAUUUCCUCCAGCUGGGAUAAAAAGAGUUUGUUCAAUUUUUAAAGAAGUAAUUUACAGCAGACCAGUGCUUGCCUGUUUUAUGCCAGUAACAAAUACAUUGAAAGAAUUUUCUCAAGAUUCUAAUUUUGUUAGUAAAUUGUGCAUUGGUCCAGAAAAGUCCGGUAUCAACUUAUGGAAAGGAUCAUUCAAUUUCACACCAGAUGCUUGUGCCCUAGAAAUUUUCAUCGCACAAUUAGAUUAUUUUAAACUAGAUCCAAUUACGUUGAUUAAUAUUACAAAAGACUUAGCUUCCUUUUGUAAUAAAGCAUUAUUAAAUAAUUCUAUUCCCUGGCUUCAGAAAACAUCAAGUUCGUGUAAUUGUUGUUUGAACUUGCUCAAAUUUGUAGUUAUAAAUUUAUACGAAUGUUCGAAAAUUAAUGUUAAAGAAUUGAAGAAUAAAUAUAAUAUGAAUGACAUUUUGUGGAGGAUAUCCAAGCAUGAGGUUAGUGACAAAAAGCACAAAAUUAAUUGGAAUAACGAAUUAUCUGAAGACUGGAGUAAUUUUGAAAAGAAUAAUUAUGAAGAUUUUUGGGAGACCUUGAAAACAUCUCAGUACUGCGCUAUAGCGUAUGGAAUUCGAUUAUUGAGUUUUCUUGCAAAGCGAGAUUUAGAUUUUAUGAUUAGAUUAACGUACAUUGAAGACGCAUUUCAUCUCUUUCUCAACAAUAUUGACAAAAAAAAGGAUUUAAGACUUAAAACCAGUGACGAAAUAGCAUUGGACAUCGUUAAGAAAACUUUUGUUCUCGAAAAAAAUAAGGAAGACAACAAACUUAGCCAGCAACUGGAUGUUUUAAACCUGGAAAAUGAGAUGUGGACCGAUUUUAAAACGCAAACUAGUCAAGAUUUAACUAAACUAUACGAAGAUUCGUUAUGAUAAUAUGAUAAUAAAUAACAAGAUUGCUGUUGUUCCUCUGAGUCAUAUUGACCAGUUGCAACUUUAUAUCUGUAUAUUUCCAAUUCCAUGCGUUCUUGCUGAAAGUAUAAAAAGAUAUUUAUAAUUAUGUUGAGCAAAUCUCGUUACGUUAUUUAAAUUGACAGUACUUUUUUAUUUUAUUAUUUAUACUAAAUAUUAGGCAUCUCAUUGUAGAAUAUGUGUCGAAAGAAUUUUCUACAAUAAAUCUAUUUAUAUAAUACAA